AUGCCCAAUCAAACGAUUCUCGAGAAUGGGAUCACCACUGCUGUUUCAUCACCAUCCAUUUCAUCAUCAUCGGCGGGCGGUACAGCAAAUAAUCAUCAAAACAAUAGUACGAGCACGACCACAUCCGUGAGUACAAUAAAUAAAGGUACUCAACAGGUCAAUAACAAUAUUAGUAUCAAUGGAACAAGUGCCCACGGAACGGAAGUAAAUGGGCCCAAUAUGAGUCGGGAGGGAAGCAUUUCAAUAAGUAUCACACCCACGGGUAAUACAGGAGCGGUAACAAAUGGCACACCAAACAAUUUAUCAUCUCCUAAUGUGCAUCAUGGUGGUUCACUUUCACCACGAGCAUCCGAAUCAUCACUCAACAAACGAGCAAAUUCUUUUUCUUCAAACAAUGUUGGCAAUACUCCGGCUACUCCAGUUCAUACUCAAUUUGCUUUGAAGCCUGAGGACAACAGUGACGAACCAAAGAAAAUAAUUAAAAAUGCAAAGAAAAAGAAAUGGCAUGUCAAUGCUAUGGGAGAGAUCAUUUAUAAGGAACACAAUUCGUAUAAUCUGAUGAGACAAAUCCAGAUGGGUAUUAGAUCUGCUAUUAGUGAAAUCACUCCCAAGAAGCAAAAAGACGUUUUGACCUAUAAAGACUUUACGAACACAAACAAAAUGCCUUUCCCUGAAAAAGGAACAACCAGAACUCCACCGCACGAGUUUCCAUACUUUGAUUUUUACGAUUAUGCUCCAUUCCCUUUUAGACACUUAAGAGAACGGUUUGGUAUCGAUGCUUCUGACUUUUUAGUUUGCUUAUGUCACGAGCAAUCACUUUCUAUUCUUGGCACUCCCGGAAAAAGUGGAGCUUUGUUCUUCUUCUCUGCUGACAUGCAGUAUAUGCUAAAGACUGUCACAAAGAAGGAGUCUAAAUUCUUGAGAAAAAUAUUACCUGAUUAUUAUAACCACGUGAUGGCUAAUCCAAAUACUUUGAUAACACGUUUCUAUGGAAUGUACAGUAUAAAACCAAAAGGAGGAAAAAACGUAAGAUUUGUCAUCAUGAAUAACGUAUUUGACACAACAAUGUACGUUGCCGAAAGAUAUGAUCUGAAAGGGUCAACAAUAGGAAGAGAGGCAUCUGAAAAAGAAAGAAAGAGAGAAACACCUGUGUUAAAAGAUUUGGACUUUUUGAAACGAGAAAAAAAGCUAGCAAUUGGACCUCAAAUGAAGAGCGUUUUUCUCCAUCAACUAAACCUUGAUGCUGAGUGGUUGGAGAAAAUGAAAAUUAUGGACUAUAGUUUGCUAGUAGGAGUGCAUAAAAUAGAUCCAGAAACGGAGGCAGAUAUUCUCAAAGAAGCACAAAAUUGUACAAUCAAACUUUCGGAUUCGGAUAUUCCUUCGGACAUGAAUGGAUUUACAGCAAUUCAUGGUCAAAGCUCUAUUGGAAGUUCUAGCGCUAUUUCGUCCUCCUCGUAUUUAGGAGGAGAUGCUGGAACUGCAUCCUCGUCACUCAAUAUUUCACAUCCCAUUGCAGACAUUGCCCACCAGCACGAGACAUCUGUAAAUAGCUCAGAAAUUACUAUUGAGAUAACGCCAGGAGAGGAAAAUCAAACUACUCAUCCACAACCUGUGAGCCAAACUGUUCAACACACGACACCAAACUCACAGAAAAAGCUUCCAUUCGAUAAUACUUCAAGCCAAGGAAGAAAGAGCGGAGAUAGCACAGCUUCAUUCUUUGGAAGAUUUAUGCCAAACACCAAUAGAGCGAGCGUGUCUCUUAAAAAGCUGUAUCGAGGUCCACGUGCUUCAUUAUUCCAACAAUUUCAUGGUGGAACUCUUUCUCUUCCUCUCGAAGAUGGAACUAGAGAGAUUUAUUACUUUGGAAUCAUCGAUCUGCUUCAGAAAUGGAACAACAAGAAACAAAUUGAGAAUAUUUUCAAAGGGUUUGUCAGUGAUAGAAGUCAAAUUUCGGCAGUCUCACCCAAACACUAUGCCGCUCGAUUUGUCAAGUUUUUGGAUGAAGGUUUGAUUUAA